CAAGUUGAAAUUGCCGUACGCUGAAAAGAAUCAGCGUUAGUAAAAUCUGAGAAAGGGAAAGAGAAAGAAUCGAUGCGUCGCUCGGUGGAAAGACAUUGGAAGUUCCACGAUCGGUUAAUUUCUCCCGAAGUGGAUUGUUGAGAAGAAGUUGGCGAAGCAAGGGUCACUCGGAAAACUCGAGCCAACGAAAAAGAAAAUCGAUGAGCAAAACCGAUCGGAACGAUGCGUCUCGUUGAUCGGCUCCUUUUUCUUUCUCUUCUGAUCAUGGGACAUCAAGUCGAGGCAAUUUGGCCGAAAGUUGGAAAUCCCUUGUCUUUCGUUUGGUGGAAUUUGUACACGCGAUCGGGGAAUUCCAGCCCUUGGGACUUUAGCUCCAGCUCGAACUCGUUUGCGGAAGAGGAUUGUACAGAGUGCGCUCACAACAAGAUCAGUUUGCUUGGGAAAGAUCCGAUUAUGAUCGUGCUCAGGGUCGAAUACGUGAAGGAACAAAUCCUCAAGAAACUGCGACUCUCCAAGCCUCCGGAAAUAUCGAUGCCGUUGUCGACCUUGCCAAAGCCUCUGAUAAACGGUCGUGUGCUCGAACUUCGACCCGGGGAGCCUCUCGAACCGGAAAAAUCAAUCGACAGUUUCUAUGGGAAAACCGAUCAAAUUGUUGUCUUUCCAAACGAAGGUAUCGCCGAUUGGAGAAUGUGUCGACAAACUUCGAAUCAUUUGACCGGAUUUAGUCCUGCUGCCUGCUUCACCUUUUAUCUGUCGGACGAAAUGGAAUUUGUGGAUGUGACUUCGGCAGAAUUUUGGUUCUACAAGGAACACGACGAAAACGACGAUCUAAAUCAAACGUUUGUACUCUCCGAGCUCGAUCAUUGGGACCUAGGUGGCAACUUCGAAAAAAAUACCAUAGUGGCAAUUUUCGAAACCGAUAUCGGAGAGGGUUGGGUAAAGGCAGACGUAAGUUUCAUGGUGAAGAAAUGGGUGGAGGAGCUUCACUUGAAUCAAGCGAUACAAAUAGCUUGUAGUACCUGUUCGAUCGACCGUGUUACGGCACCCGUGUCCAUCGAGCAACUUAUGAAACCUUUUCUCGUGAUACACACGUCGCCGUUACCACAAAAAAACAGACCAAAGAGGGACUCAAACUGCCUUCCAGAAAUGAAAGAAUGUUGUAGGGAUGAGCUUUAUAUUAAUUUCGAAGAUAUCGGUUGGAGUGACUGGAUUCUCCAUCCUAGCGGAUAUCACGCCUACUUUUGUCGUGGGUCUUGUUCAUCCGCAGCUUCGUUGACAACUAGCGGUUCCGCGCACAACAACGUGAUCUGGAGGUGGUUCGAUAAAGUGGGUAACACGGCUCAUCGUAAAAGUCAGAUCGUUCCAUGCUGCUCACCAACGCAGCUCUCACCAAUCCAGUUACUCUACGUUGAUUCAAACAAUACGAUCACGCAAAAAACACUGCCUAAUAUGGUAGUCGAAGCUUGCGGUUGCAUGUGAUAUUCGCAAGAAAAUUUGUCUGGCUCCAUGCAGUCUCGUCCAAAAACUUGGCAGUUUGAAUUCGAAUGUACGCGCGCGUAUACGAUAUAGGUACGUAUAUGUAUGUACCUACAUAGGUGUGCAUUUCUACUACAUAUCUCAGACGUUCAACACGGAUAAAUGUUAUCGCUACAACGAGAUCGCUUAAUACAAACGAACUAACUCCUGCGUACAUGGAUCAACGUUUCAUUGUACUUUGCAAAGUACUUGUUUCAAUUUUCAAUCGUGAGAAAACGUUUAACGAUUAAAUAGGCUGAGCCGCAAAUAUCAAGAUUUCUCCAAAUUU